CCCCACUCUGCUGACUCAGUGCCUUAGUCUUCUCUCUCUCUCCCUCCACUGCUGUAGCUGGACCUCUUUGCCUUCACAACCUCUGAGCGUCUGUACACCUCACAAUGGCUAAAACUGCAAUGGGUAAGGAAAUAGUACCAUCUCUUUUGUCUUCAUCCUGUAUGAUAGCUGCUCUAUUCUAGAAACCUGCUGUCCGUGGUGCUGACGGAGCGCUGAUAAUACUAAUAAUCAAAAAUAUUGUUUUUAUUUCUAUUAUUCUCCUUGGGUUGUUGUUAUUUUGGGGGGGGUUUUACAGCCAAAACCUGGAAGCAGCUGGGAAUUUGAGGGAUCCUUAUAAGUCUCUGGUUUACUUUUAAAAAGAAAAAUUCGCUUCGAUUGUUUUACACCCCUAGCCACAAAUCAGUUCAUCCGGAGUAUUAACAGUGCAAUCCGAAUGCAAUCCUAGCGGUCUCCUUUAGUGUUUUGGGUCAGGUAAACCCGAAGCUCCAUUUCCAGAGCACUUUUCUGGGACUGGCGUGUGGCAAAAAGGAACAAGUUAUUCUGUGUUUUAUGCGGAGUUGUUGCCAGCCUCCCAAAAUCACGCCCUGCUCAUCGCCUGAUGUUUGCAACCGGAGGGGGUGCGAGUUUAGGAGAAUGCACUGGAGGAAACUGACCAGUCCUUUUCGACUUGAAAUUGGUCAGUCUUUUUGAAUUAGAUGGAGACGGCAUUAGAUCCAACUAUCUUUAUUGCGUGAAGAGGAAAUGAAGAAGGGGUUUAAGAAUUAGGUUGCGCUGCCUUUGUGCUAAAGAUGGACGGGUGGUGUGUUUUUUCCCCUCCCUUUUAUCCCGUUGUAGGGUGGGGAUUUAGGGUUGCGGUCGCCUUGGCUUUCUUUGUGUAAGGCUGUCAUGCAGCCGCUGCUCCGGGCGUUCCCGGCGAGAGCGCACCUGCAGAGAGAGCGACGCCACAGACUCCAGCAGCCCGACACAAUGCAGAGCGACCCCACCCAUAUCGUUGUUGGUGCUGCUGCUGCUGCUGCUGCCUAGUCACAGGCGCACUGGGGAAUCCUCCCCCUCCCCUGCUUUUUUCUCUCCCACCCACUCCCAACGCUCAGCUAGCAAGGAAGAAAAAAGAAGGGGCUGGAGGACAGGAAAGAAAAGGCACUUCACCCUUUCCAAAUUGCAGCUAUUGCUUAUCAGCAUCGGUUUUCCGCUCCCUUCCAGUUGUUUGUUUCUGCAGCAACCUCUCCGAUCCCCUUGAUCUCUAGAGGCUGGUUCUUUUAGUAGCCAGAUUGUGGGGGGAGAGGGGGGAAAGUAGGUCACUGGAUUACAAACCUCUACCUCUUCCUUCUCCCCACCCCGCUAGAAUUGCCCCACCUGCUGUAAUGCCUCCAGCGACCUUGUUUUUAUUUGGUCUCGUUGAAAGCAGAAGCAAAUCCCCCUCUCCACGCACACACAUGUAGACUCAGCAGCCCCCCAGCCACACCCCUGCACCGCACCCAACCUCCCUCCGCAUCUGAAAAGAGGUUCAUUGCAGUGCUAACCGAGAGCUCUCCAGCAGUCAGAGCUGCAGGUCGGGGAAGAAAGAUCAUAGCUAGCUGUGUUUUCGGAAUUUAUACCAAGAAAGGUUAUUGUUGAAGUCAGUAAAAUCUCCUGGUUUAUUUAUUUAGCAUCGUUUGGAAGAGAGCCACGGGCUUUCCUGUCCUCUUGCCCCUCUGAUCCCUCUUUCCUUCUCCCCUUCUCUCGCUUUCUCUGACUUUUUCGUCUCCAUCCCAAAACUGAGUCUGCAAUAAAACUGCUUUAUAGUGGAGAAAACAGAUAUUGCAGUGAAGGGCGCGGUGGGUACUGGGGAAGUGAAGGGAGAUGGCUUGGAGACCAGCAUCACACAUCUUGAAAUGGCUUUUUAAAAUAUCCAAUUCUUUUCUCCACCUUUUGCAAAAAAUGAAACCAAUAUAUUAUAAGGGGGUGCCGAUUUCCCCCCUAAAAAAAUAGCAACUGACACACAGGCAACUUGGGGAGAGAUCAUAUUUCUUUUUUUCCCUUCCCCCUGGUCCUCCCUCUUGCAAACAAAAGCCUUGUCACCUAAGGAAUCUUGCUCAUUUGCUGCACUCUCACUUGUCCAAAAUUAAUACGGAUGCUCACUGAGCCCCACUCCUUAAAGGCUGCUUUCUUUUGGCUUCGAGGUGCUCAGUGCUGCAGGAAGCCACUCCAGCCCACUGGCAGAGGGCUUUGUUAUUCCUGAGGGAAGGGCAUGAGACAGCUGUUUAUGCCAAUGCAGCCAGACAGGAGUCUGGCCUCAUCCCUUCCCACUCCUCCCCAAUGCUGCAAUCGGGUAAUCAGUAUUGAUAAUUUGUAGUCAGUCAGAGACCGGCCACUGCAGAAGGCCCCUGUUCAGAAUUCCAUCGCCACAGCCAGAAAGGGAUCUUCAGGGUUUGGCAAAGGAGGAUUUCAUGAAUCCAAUGCAGGUGAGAUGGUGGCAGUCACUAGCGGCUGCCGAUUAACCCUGAUGAUUAAUACACCCUUCCUAGUCACUCCACUAUUCAGGCCUGCCUUACUUACUUACCAAGGGUAAUGUCUGCUAGCAUAAAUAAAUGCAGUGCCUUAUUCUUAAAACUCCCUCAUGAGUAACUGCAUUACCGCAUAGACAAUAACAUCUUCAUUUUCAGGUUUUUUUAAAAAAAUAAAAACGGUACUGAAGUCAUGGAAUCAUACAGCUGAAAGAGACCUCUGAGAUCAUCCUGCCAAUACAGAGAUUCAUUGCUAAAGCAUCCCUGAAAGGAACACAGGCACUAGGAAGCUGCCUUAGACUGAGUUAGACCAUUGGUCCAUCUAAUUCUGCAUUGUCUACCCUGACGGGCCGUGGUUCUCAAGGUUUUCAAACAGGGUUCUCUCCCAGCCCUACCUUGAGAUGUCAGGAAUUGUACACAAGACCUUCUGCAUGCAAAGGAGAUGGUCUACCAGUGAGCUGCAGCUCUCCCCCCAAAAUAUUUUGAAUAUUAGAACAUGGGAACAGAGGAAGCUGUCUUAUACUGAGUCCAUUGGUCCAUCAGACUCAGUAUUGUCUACACUGACAAGCCUGGUUUCAGACAAGGGUCUUUCCCAGGCCCACCUAGAGAUGCCUGGGAUUGAAUGUGGAACCUUCUGCAUGGGGAGCAGAUGUUCCACCACUGAGCCAUGUCCCAAGGUGGCUGUCCAGCCUCUUCUUCAAAACCUUCGAUGAAGGAGAGUCCACCACCUCCUGAGACAGUCUGUUCUGUUGCCAAACAGCUCAAACCAUCAGGAGGCUCUUCCUGAUGCUUAGUCUAAAUCCUUUCUCUUGUAAUUUGGACCCACUGGUUCAGGCCCCACCCUGGGGAGCAACAGAAAACAUAUUUGCUCCAUUGUCUCUGUGGCAGCCCUUCGAAUAUUUGAAGAUGGCUUUUGCAUCUCCUCUAAAUAUCCCUAGUGAAAAACUGCUUAUGCAAAAUUAUUUUCAGUUGUUUACACAUGCAAAUUUGAAAUAAUGUUUUGGUAGCUAAAAUAUAAUCCAUCUGUUCCCCCUCCCACUGCGUAUGGUUGUCAUCUUCUUUCCUCACUGAGGCUGUUUGCCUUUUCUCAAAAAAAAAAUGCAGUGAUGGGAAAGCUGUAUCUGUUGAACUUAAGCCUGUAACAGCACCCGAGUUCGGGGGGGGGUGACUCCUAUAUCAGUUGCAAAAUUCUCUGAUUAAUGUCCUAGGGUAGGGAAGUAGAGUUGCUAUUCCAGAGGGAACGCAGAUAUUCAGUCCUCAUCUCAGUGUGGGAGAGAAACACUUGGUUCUCAUUAAGCUGGAAGGCUGUCAAUUAUUUUUAAGACAAAUAAUUGCACUGCGGGACAUAUACUUCCAUGGAAAAUGGAUCAAUGAAUAGAUGAAGAACUAGACACUGAUUUGACAAUAGAUGUAUAGCAUUAUUUAAUGGUUUAGGCUGACUUUCCAUCAUACAUGGGCCCUGACAUCAAGAUACCAGCUUUCCAAGAACUGCAUGAAUUCUGCUCAUUUCAGCUCAGCACAGAGGUCCAGUUACUGAUUUUCAAAGAAAUGUGCCAAGGGCAGAUGUUCAGACCUAGAAGUCCGACUCCUACUAAAAUAUAGGUCAGAGUGAGCAAUGGGUGUUUAGUUGGGAAGUUAAGAAACCUGUACAUGUCAGAGGAAUUCUCUUUCUAUGUGAAAUUACAAUAAGGGGGCAGGGCAGCUUGCUGGAAUAAGCCCAUCUAGUCUGGCGUUCUGUAAAUGCCUGCAAAACAGGGUGAUGGAAUGUGUGGCCCUCCAGAUGUUGCUGGACUACAAGUCUCAUUAUUCUGACGACUGGCCAUGCUGGCUGGGACUGAUGGGAGUUUUGAGUUCAAAAAUGUGAUCUGGAGGAUGGCUACUCCUACUGUAAAAUCUUACCAGGAAGAGUUGGUGAUGGCUAUAACCAACUUUUUGUCCCACCAUCUGUUGUUACUAAGCCUGUGAGCAUGAAGGCUACAGUUAGCCAACAAUUGAGCUGGUUUACUUCCAGUUAAAAAGGGACGCGGGUGGCGCUGUGGGUAAAACCUCAGUGCCUAGGACUUGCCGAUCGUAUGGUCGGCGGUUCGAAUCCCCGCGGCGGGGUGAGCUCCCGUCGUUCGGUCCCAGCUCCUGCCCACCUAGCAGUUCGAAAGCACAUCAAACUGCAAGUAGAUAAGUAGGGACCGCUUUAUAGCGGGAAGGUAAACGGCGUUUCCGUGUGCUGCACUGGUGCUGGCUCGCCAGCUGCAGCUUCGUCACACUGGCCACGUGACCCAGAAGUGUAUUCGGACGGCGCCGGCUCACGGCCUCUAGAGCGAGAUGAGCACGAAACCCUAGAGUCGGACACGACUGGCCCGUACAGGCAGGGGUACCUUUACCUUUACUUCCAGUUAAAUUGCACUUAGGGCUAAGGUGCUUACUGUUAAUUAUGAGCAAAUACUCGUACUGGGGAAGGAGCCUUAAAAGUGGUGGCCCCUUUCUUAGAAAAGUUCACUAUCUGCCAUCUUGAGACCAGCUAAGCCAUUCCUGUUCAAUGCACCUUUUAUUCUACCAUUGAAGCUGGUUGUGAUCUUCAGUUUGUUAAAUUACAGUGUUUUCAUAUCUCAUUUUUAUUAUGUAUUGCACUUAUAUUUUAUGUAUUUUUAAAGCCAUUGGAAGUUGCCCAAUUUUAAGAUAAAGGGGGAUGUAAAAUGUUUAAGUAAAAACAUGUAUAGUUCCCUGUUUUCUAGGAAUAUUGAUGCAUAUCUGUAGGGGUUUUCUGCGUCUCCCAUGACAAUUUGUUGCUGCUUUGGUUAUGUUUUUCCUGUCAAAACCUAACUAUAUCAUUUCUUUGCAAACUGCCACAGCUUUCAUUCUAAAUACACCAAGAACAGCCAAAUUUAAGCACUUUUUUAGUGCCACUGAUUUAAACGGGAGAGAGAUUUAAGCACAUACAUAACACUCACACUGAAAUCAAUGGAACUUAAAAGAGCUAAAUUCUGGCAGGAGCAUGUUCAUUGCUUUCCAGUCUAAAAGCUUCACUAGGUUAUGGCACAUGAUGCUAGACAACCACAUGCUUAAGUGCCUAGACAGAUACAGGCUAAUGGAUUGUGUCUCAUCUACCAGCAUCAUUAAUGUGAAUUUAUUAGAAUAUUGGGUUUAAUGUGGGGAAAUGUCUUAGGUCAUAACCCUCAAACCAUAUCUUCAGCACUUCAGCUUUAUUUCAUGGUUUGAUUUCUAAAUCAUAGUCGGUUUGACAAAAAUGUGCUGAUAACUAUAAUUAAUGUGUUGCUUGCACAAAAUAGUAGGGCAGAAUUUGGCCUAAAACGGAACAAGAAUGCUAUUAUUUUUCUCAGAAUGUCCGCUGUUCUUUGGUAUUAAUGCUUAUAUUGUUCAACUUGAUUUUUAAAGACUAGUAACUCAGUCUUCAGAAAGUGUCAAGGAGUUCCUGUUGCCAAAUUUACAGGAAGCUGCUCUCUUGAUAAAAACAUAAGAAAAUAAUGAUCCAAAGCCAGUACACACUUCUGAAUAUAAUUGUCUAUAUAAUUAAUAAAACAACAACAACAUGUAUAACUGAGGAUUAGAGAGUAUGUAUAGUCCUAAAAUCUCUAUUGGCUUAUUGUGGUCUCUGGAAUCCAGAAGCUGUGUCAUAUGGCAAGGCCAGAGAAGUCUCAGAUAUCUAGUUGUUACUGGUUUCCAGACAUUGUUUUUCCAGCUUAAUACAAUUCUGUACUAAAAUUUGAAAUUGGUUUCUGUCUGAGUUAUUAGCAGUUGCAAGUUGGGUUUGUAAUGUUCCCUUACUAUUUACAUCAAGGUUGGGGAACCUGUGGCCCUACUAAUGUUGCUGAACAACAGCUCCCAUCAUCCCUAGCCAGAAGUUGUGGGACAUCAGCUUCCAUGAGCCCCAGCCAGCAUAGCCCAUAGUUUGGGAUGGUGGAGUCUAACAACAUAUGAUGUACACAUUCCAGGGGGAUCUUCCUCUGUUGAGCUCAGAUAUUGGAAAUGAGCUUGACUGUGGGGGAAAAGCACAUUGAGAGAGGGGUUGUAGAAAGGUAGGUGGCAGUCAGAGUGAGGCUCCUACAUUCCUUACCCAAGGAGAUGUUUUGCUGUUAAAAAUCAUAUCUACACAGCCAUAUUAUUUUUCUAAAUAAAUUAAAAAAUUGUUCAACAGCACCUUAGAGACCAACUAAAUUUGUUCUGGGUAUAAGCUUUCGUGUGCAUGCACACUUCUUCAUGCACAUGAAAGCUUAUACCCAGAACAAACUUAGUUGGUCUCUAAGGUUCUACUGGACAAUUUUUUAAUUUAUUUCAACUGUGUCAGAACAACACAGCUACCUACCUGAAUAUUAUUUUUCUGUGCAACUGGGACAUGGGUCUGGUGUCAUAACAUCUGAAGGGAGCCAUAAUGGCAGGCCCAUAGACACCCAAUAAUUUUGUGGCAAAAAGUAGGAAUUUGAACCAGAGUCCUACACUCUGUACACUACCCUAGCAGUGGCACACUAGGUCACCAUCCAUUUGAUUAUUUUUCUCCAAAAUAAAUUCUUCAAAGGUGCUAGCUAAUGAAACAAAAGCAGUCUGCCUCUAUAUAAAAUCAAACCCAUCCAAAAAAAAAUACAUUUAUAAUAUAACUAUAAAACAAAUUUCAGUAGUCGUAUUUAUUAAAUUUGCUAGUUACUUUAUCUUACCCAAGGCAACCCAAAGCAACUUACAACAGCAAUAACAGUAAUAAGCGAAGGGUUCAACAUUCCUCACUGUAACUCAGACUUCCAUUCUUUGCAUGUGACUGGGGCAGACAGAUGAUUAAAGACACAGGUCUGUGACUAUUCUUUUGGACCACAUAUAUCCCAUAGAAAUUAUGUCAAACAAAAGCAAACUGGCAACAAAUUAGUGAGGAUGUUGGAAUGACCCAUGCUGAAAUCUGGAGACAGGCUGAUUUGAUCUGUGAAGCCAAAUAUAUUCUUGUUGUUGACUUUACCCAAAAUGGCAUCCAAGUUCUUUAGAAACACUACACUGAAAAGUUAUGUAUUCAAGGAAGAAAAUAUUUAGGCAUCAUAAUACAAUGUCCACAAUCAUAAUCACAACCACAUGUGGUCUUCCAUGUGUUGUUGGACUACACAGGAUAGUGGCCCCUAAUCAACAUUAAAUGGUAGCAGCUGUCCAGAGUUUCACACAAGUCUUUCUUUCUGUUGGUCAAUGGCCCAAGGGACACUCUGAAAUUACAGAUCAGGUCAACUAGCAGUUGGACUGAUCUACACUUUCAAAGCUCUUCUCCCAUGGUUGCCAUAUCUCUUGCUCUCCUCCCUGCACCCCUCCUGCCCACCUCUGCUAGAAAGAGCUAUGGCAGGCCACAUCAGGCCCAUGGCCUAGAGGUCAUAGAUAAUGGAACAUAAAAUAUGAACAAGCAUACUUGAUCUUUAAAGCCCUAACCCUGUGGAACGCCCUCCCAUCAGAUGUCAAGGCAAUAAACAACUAUCUGACUUUUAGAAGACAUCUGAAGGCAGCCUUGUUUAGGGAAGUGUUUAAUGUUUUAUGUUUUAUUAUGUUUUUUAAUGCUUUUAAUUCUGUUGGGAGCCGCCCAUGGUGGCUGGGGAAACCCAGCUAUAGAUGGGCAGGGGUAUAAAUAAUAAAUGUAGUAGUAGUAGUAGUAGUAGUAAUAGGCAACAAUACCUAUACCAAAGCACCUGCAUUUCUCAAAAUAUGCAAAACCUCUGAAUACAGUUGACUGUGGGUAUGAGUGUGCAUACUGUGGAAAGCAAAAUGUCUUACUGUAUCACUUCCAACUCUGAAAGCAGUUAACGCCCAUCUCCAGACACUACUUUAGAGCCAAGUCACCUAGUUCUACUUACACAAGCUUAAUGUUAAACACUCUCACUUUAUACACUGUGCAUGUAAGGGCUAGUAUACCCAUUUCUGCCUUGCCACUUCAGGCUGAACUAUGGACCUUUCUGAAGAAACAUAUUUUGCCUCAUGUAGAAUUAUGAUGAUAAGCCUUUAUAUCCUGCUCACAUGACAGCCUGAAGUAUAUGCAUGUUUCUAAGCCAGCCAUUUUCAAAGCUGAUAAGAAUUUUUUUUGUUAGGAUAUCCUAGGGCAAUCCGAAAACAGAACCAGGAUUUAUUUUAAUUUCACCCUGUGCCAAUUCGUACAUUUGAUAUUGAUUGUGCAGCUGUGUCAGAACACAAUAGAAUUUGUGGGAGCAGAAAAGUGACAUUAAUAAUUACUAUUUUGAGUUUUGGAAUAAUAUUUUCAUGCAAUAUACUGAAAAUGACAUUUGAAGAUUAUGUCAUAUUAUGAGGAUUAUUUUCUUAAAAAUAAGUUGAAUAAGUAGCUCUUUCAGUCAUCUGGUUUUUUAAUGGCACUAUUAAAUACAAGUAUAUUUUUACUUGAUCUAUUCAGUUUAAUUUGCAAAGACUGCUUUUAAAGGUUGUAUUCCAAUCAACCAUAACUAAAACGGAUUUCUGAGAUAAUUGUCAUGAGAAGAACAAAACUAAAAGCAGAAAUUUGCUAGGAACAUAUCAAAGACUUUAAUGUGACUCAGAUAAAAAUGGCAGUGCUGUCCAUGCCACACACCCAAUUUCAGUAACUGUAUAUAUAACAAUUAUCAAUUGUAGUGUAAGUUUCCUUUUUUAUCUAAAACACUCACAUAUAUAUUGUAACUGUCCUGAAGUAUUUCAGUUAGGAUGAGGGCUUGAGAUGGAUGAAUCUGACAAAGCACUAUUUAAACUUUAGGCUGCGUUAACAGGGUGAUCCUAUAUUCUCAGAAGUAAGGCCCACUUAAUUAAAUGUGACUAACUAGCCUAUGGGACGGGGGUGGCACUGUAGGUAAAAACCUCAGUGCCUAGGACUUGCCGAUCGUAUGGUCGGUGGUUCAAAUCCCCGCAGCGGGGUGAGCUCCCGUCUUUCGGUCCCAGCUCCUGCCCACCUAGCAGUUCGAAAGCACCCCUAAGUGCAAGUAGAUAAAUAGGUACCGCUUUAUAGCAGGAAGGUAAACGGCGUUUCCAUGUGCUGCGCUGGUGCUGGCUCGCCAGAGCAGCUUCGUCACGCUGGCCACGUGACCCGGAAGUGUCUCCGGACCGUGCUGGCUCCCGGCCUCUUAAGUGAGAUGAGCGCACAACCCUAGAGUCGGACACGACUGGCCCGUACGGGCAGGGGUACCUUUACCUUUACCUUUAACUAGCCUAUGUGUAUCUACUGAGAAGGAAAUAUCAUUAAAUUCAGUGGGACAUACUCCAGUGGAAAGGCUGCAUUAGAUUGCUCCCUAUGCCUGCUAAGAUAUUUUCUUCUCCUCCUGCUUCCCUUCCUGUUGGUGUUGCUUCAUUCUGUACCUUUCUUUUCUGCUCCUGGUGGUAAUCAACCACUGUUUCCUUUGUCUAUUAAGGCAAAUGGGGCACUUCCCCACCAGUCUGCCCUCAGCCAAAUCCUACCUGCCUAUCUUCUUGCUUACUACCAAUUGGGGAGUUGGGGCGUGGGACAGCCUAUCCAUUUCUUCCUCCUUGCUGUUGUAGAACUCAGCAGGGAUUAGGAUGGAGGAAAAGUUAGUUGGCUGUGCCUUGUCAUUGUCUCUGGCUCCACCUUCUCUGGGGCUCCUUGCCUUCUGCCUUACAUGUUUUGUUUUGUUUAUUCAUUAAAUGUGUACGCUGCCCUCCAUCCACAGUUCUCAGGGUGGUUCACAACAUAAAAACACAAUAUAAAAGCACAAAAUACAUGAUAAAAAAUAAGAACAAAAAAACCACAAACCAAUAAUCACCGCUCUCUACCACCCAUACCUAAUGGGCUCCAGCUACCAACAAAUACCACUACAGUUUUGAAACAUGGUGCCCAGUGCCCUGCUUACCACUUAUGACUUUAUUUAUUGAAAAACAUUUUACAAGUUCUUUUGAAGAGCUCAAGGCAACUUCUACCAAAGACAAAGUUAUUGUCCAGACAAUAAUAGCAAUAACAAAGGAUACCUCAACAUCGCCCCCAAACCCCCCACUAAAAAUUCAUUACAGUACAGUAGACACAUAACUGUAACCAAGAAACAUCAGCAACAAGAGAAGACGACGUUUCUUUACAUGCUUUAUCUCAGAGGUGGCAAAAAAAAUAAUAUGCAAGACAAAGUCAAAGCAUUAGACAUGCCCAUUCUAGUAUGGUCCUCGUGUAUCUGCCUAAGGAUCUGUGCUACAUGUAGCAUCCAUGCUACAGAAUGGACCUCCAUCUUCUAGGGGUCACCAGCCUUUUGGGGCAAGUGAGCACAUUUGGAGCAGGGGCCAUGGGUGUCAGUCACAAAAUGGCUGCUAUGCGGUGUCUGGCAUAACACAAAAUGGCUGCCACAUCUAAAAGAGCAGACAAAGAGACAGAAACACAAAAGGAUACAGGCAUGCCUCCCCUAUGUCAUGCACUGUGGAUUUUUGAGGGGAUAUUUACUGAGGCCUUUUGUAAGGGCCAUAGGACAUACUUGUAAAUGCAGUAACUCCUUUCAAUUUUUUACACUUCUCAUGAGUGAGCAUGUGAAGGAUCAUUACAAAACAUGCAAGCUAGGACUUGGUAUUCAUAUUACUAUGGCAUUCACAAAAUAUAUUGUGCCUCCAGUAAAUCACUAAAACAAAUUAACCAGGUGAAUAGAGGCUGUUAGUAGUAGCAGCAGCAGGAGAUAUGCAAGACUAAUAAACAUCCAAAGCAGCAACUCAAAUAUGUGGGUACCCCAACUGAACAGUCAACCAAAUAGCCCUAAUUUUAAGAAGCAUUUAAAAAUAGGUAUCCAAAAAUGUUUGCUUCAUACAAAAGCAAUUCUGGUUCUUCAUUCACAUUCUCUACAACACUAUAUCUCUAUAGCAUCAUACCAAUUUACAUCAGAAGUACACCUAACUCUUAGCAUUGUGGGUUAUAUCCAGAGUUACCUUCCAAGAACAGAAAGACUUUGUCCAUUUCCAGAAAGGACCUAAAUCCAGUGGAGACCAGUAAUGUAACAGCAAAGUUUAAAAUGCAGGGUCACUUCUUGAUAAGUCACAGCCAUGUCUCAUCAGAACCACGCCCCCUCACGGCCAUGCCCCUUUUAAGAUUAUACAAUAAACUUUAAAUUCUACAAUAAUAAUAAUUAGGGGUGCAUCUCAGAGAUCAAUGCUGGGAUCUCCAUGUGUUGCCUUUCAGCUAGAUCUGCUAUUUAUGCAUGCAUACGUGGACAAAUAAUUUGGAGUGCUCCAGUACCUUAUUUUGGACUGACUUUAGCCGCGUUUUCAUUGAAGUUCCAUUGUACAUAAUAGCAUUUGCACACCAUUCUCUUGAAACCAAAGCAUCCUGUGUUUUCAAUGUUCCUAAAUGCUUAGUUUGGGGGCAUGCAGAAAAACUCCUCCUUGGUGUUGUUCCCACUUCCCUCCUAUAGAGUGAUCCUAGGAGCCAAUCCUCUGGCUGACCCAUCUCCUUUCACUCUGAUUAGCUCCAAUCAGUAGCUUUUAAAUACCUCACAUUUCAUGAUGAAUGGACAGCUCUUGGACAUUGGAGACAGGGUCUCCGCUGGGACCCUGCUGCAAAUAUAGUAAUGGGUCUUUGACUCACCAACCCCUCAUGAUCCUGGACCACUACACCUCUUGUGGAAACUCCACCUGAAACAAGGGGGAGGAAGUGAUUUUGGCUGACUCAUCCAUCUCCCUCUAGCCAGCUUCCACAUGGUUCCAGAAGGGCUCCUCCAAUCCACUGAAACAGAUAUUUAGGGGCCGCAGGAGGGAAAAAUCCACAAAAAAUCAACUUCCCACCACUUCUUAACAUGGGAGCAAAUGAGACCUCAGGACUGAGUCCAGUAAUAAUAUAUAAUAAGAUUGUUGGUAAUAGUUCAAUCUCAUGUUGACUAGACAGACUGACUAGUUAGCAGUACGUAUUUUGGAGACAGUUUUAUAUUCGCAAGGAAUCAGCAAAUUUCCUGUUUUCACUGCUUAAAUUUUAAAAUAUGUGAUUUCCAAAGGAAUGUUUUGAAUGGAGAAUAUUGCAUCAGAAUUUUAAGUGGUUUGGUAUUGUUAGUACCUAUUGGUUGUUUUGUUUUUGGAAGCUAUCAAAUAGAAAAAGCUGCCAACUCUCUAAUACUAAAUUCAUUGCAUUCUAUUCAGCAGCAUUGAGUACUGUCAAAAACUAUUCCAUGGCAACUAGCAACUACUGCCAGGUGCUAGAUAUCCUUGCAUAUUACUAAACCAUAGACUUGUGUUUUUAAAACUAUUGUACACCAGUUCCAAGAUACUAAAUAUAAUUGUGUGUCAUCCAUCAAGUACUCUCAAAAGCUAAAUUAAGCCUACACAGCUUGGGAUCGCUCCCUCCAAGCUAAAUGCAGCCCUAUAGCCCACCAGGGAUUUGAUCAACCCCCAGGUUCUGCUGCCUGCUUGGGAGUGUAAAAACACUGGGGUGGGGGUAGUGCUAAGCAACUGUCGAGCAGGCAUGUAUUACAUGGCAGGUGGGCUCCAUUCAGUUUGCCUGGCCUCAAAAUUGCACGCAGACUGUAUUUUUACUAUUUCCCAUCAGCUAUCAAAUACCAGCAGGAGCUUGAUAACACCUCUUUUGCAAAUCUUGUAGGAGCAAUUGAAGUUUUCUAUACCUCUGGGGAGACAGCAUAUCUAGAUGGGUCACAAAUUGUGUUGCCCUGAUUUAGGAGCUCUUGCGUAGAAUUUAGUCAACAUAUUUUCUGUUUUGGGGCACUAUUUUUAGGGAGAACUUAGGCUUUAUUAAGCUGUUUUGGCACAGGCUGGAGAAAGGAUGUGGAAAGUUUUUCAGCCAAGGUUGCAUUUCCUUUGGCUAACUUCCUGGGAGGGUACCACAUGCUAGUGGGAUGCGGAGCCCAAGGCAAAAGUAAGCGGGUCACUGAAUGUGAAUUUUACCUUCGCACAAUAGGCUGGUUUCCACCCAUGCAUGCACACAUCUUUAUCCUCCAUCCAGGCAGGUAAAAGGCCUUAUCAGAUUUCAAGGGCACAUUCCAGUCAGGCAACUUGAGCAGAAGGUGCAGCAGGGCUGGUCGUGGGGAAGUGUGGGCUGGGAAGGGCAGACAGAGAGGCUUGGCCACCCAGCCUGAGGUACCCAGUCUCUGGGUUAUAGUAAAGUAAGUUGAAGUAUUAAUUAACUCCAAAUUGUGGCAAACUUCAUGUGUGAAUUCCUUUGUGAUCCUUUGAAUGGACAUCUACCACCCUGGCUCUAUUCAGAAUUAGUUCAGUAUUUAUUAACAUUCUCUGCAAAUUCUUUGAAAGUCCUUUAAUUCAUACAGCUGACAAAUGCAAGUUGGUGCUUCUUUGAGAAGCCACUGCCAAGCAGUGUAGACUCAGGCCCCAAAUAUCUGAAAGACCACCUCCUUCUCUAAAGACCCUCUUGGGUGCUGAGAUUCCCAGAUGAGGCCCUUUUGGUAGCUCCUCCACCCUCAGAGGUUUGGGGGGGGUGGCCUGGGAAUGGGCAUUCUCUGUGGUGGCCCCUAAGUUGUGGAAUUCCCUCCCCACAGAACUGAGUCUGGCACCUUCAUUAUACAGCUUCCAGAGAAUGCUGAAAACACACCUCUUUCCCCUGGUUUUUGACUCCUGGGGUAUAUAUUUUUAGUACCCAUCUUAUUUUUUGUGGUUGUAAGUUGUUUAAAACUUUUUUUAAUACUGUGUUUUAAUGUUGUAACAUAAGCUCUGGGGACAUUACAAUCUAGAUAAAUUUGUACAAUGAUGACCUACUUAAUUAUGGGCACUGGUGAUGUCUUUACCUCAAGCCAGUUUAAGAGUCUUUCCCUCUCUUCAGUGAACCCUGGGGGCUCUAGUCCUAAGGCAGGAACUAGGAAUCGCUAACAGAGAAUUAUGAGCAUCUUUACUAAACUACAAUACCUAGGAUUCUUUGAGAAAAGCCAUGGAGACAGUUAAAGGGAUAAGCUUGCAUUGUAAAAAUGCCAGCUGUAUUCCAUGCUGAUUGUCAUCAAGAUAACAUAUGCAAAUUCAUGCUGAUAUGCCAGCAAGAGACUCAGCAAGAGGGUCUCAGCAAACAGUUGCUUUCAUGCAUUGCAUUUGUUUGCUUCUAAUUGAUUCACUUGCAGUUGUUUUGUAAUUGUAUAUGUUCUAUGUUUCUAUGUACCGUAUUUACCAAUUUCUGAUUAAAAUGUAGCACACAUUUGAAGUCAGCCUACCACAGGCUACAGUUAACAUAUCAUAGCCUUAGGAGAACAGCACCCAUGCUUCUCUGUUUAAAUAACAGAUGAGAUGCUUAGUGUUAAUAAGAUGUAAAUCACUUGCCUAGUCUGCAGCCAACACCUUUACAUACAAUUCUAUCCCGUGUAUCUUCAAGAAAUUCAGGUAUCGGUCGGUACCUGAGAGUGAAAAAAGGCAUUGACAAGAGUGAACUUCUUUGAGAACUAUGGAUCCUUCUUCCAAUUAGCACAGGGUAGUACCUAUCGUCACAACAACUCUACAAUGUAGAUUAGGCUGACAGGGUAACUGGACAAAUGUAACCAAGUGAAAGCUUCCCAAGCAAGGUAGUCAGUUUCCAGACUUGUGGAGCAGCCACCAAACAAGGCUCCUCUGUGCUCCCUUGUGUUGUUGUGGACUUGGACUUGUUGCAUAAAGAACUUGUCUGAUGUCUGAGACUACAAGUAUCAACUAUCUUCUCCAGUCUCUUGGACAGCUUUCAUCCUGACAUUUAGAAAUGGAUAAUGAACAACAGUUUGCUUCCAGUAUUCUCAAAAUAGCCUAAGAAGAGUGCCUAGUCCAGUAUUUUGGUUUCCAGAAAUUUGCAGCCAGAAUGCCUCAGGGGAUUAUGAAAAUAAAGGCCAUCAACUCAGUAUCCUUCCCCUGUUGUUCAUUCCCGCCAUCAGAGGUUGACCACCUUUUGAAAUUUCUGCUGCUUUUCAAUCCUUGAUUGCUGCAUAGUUGCCUUGCGGAUUUAAGAAGCAGCUUGAGUCCUUUGCUAGCAUUCACUUCAGUCACAGAAGGACAACCAUGCAAGGAAGGGAAGAGGCAGCCCUGCAAGCUCUGCCCCACUUAUGCUGCAUCACAUCUGCAUUGAAGGACAUUCUUCCAAAGUGAGGAGGCUCUUCCUCUUGUGGAAAUUCCCUGCAUGACUUAGAAUCCUGUUUUAAUCUCACUAUGAAUCCAAGUCACACCUAUAACUCCAUAGGCAGAGGAGGCUCCUGAUUUCAGAAGAAUGACUUUCAAGGGAAGGUCAUGUGCUGGAGAACAUGACAUAGGAUAAACCCUGCAGCUGGAUCAGACCAAGGACCCAUCUAACUCAACACUCACUUCUCACAGUGGCCAACCAGAUGCCAUUGGAGAGCCCAUAAGCAGAACCUGAGCUCAAGAACACUCACCUCCCCACCUUCAAUCUUCAGCAACUGAUACUUAAGAACCAUGCUAUUUCUGCCAGCAUAGGGAGCAAGAAGGCUUGCCAAAUGCAUGAUUUAUUUAUAUAUUUUAUUUGUGAAUCAUUUCCCAUGAGACAUCUUGAAGCAAUUUGCAAUAUCAUUGUAAAGCAAUUUACAAGAUAAUUAUGUAUUUGCCAACAGGAUUCCUUGCCGGCCCUGCACCAUAAGGUCCCAGGGCAGGUUAUAAAAAUACAAUAUUCAUUGCAUAAGUGAAUUGAAUGCCUGAACAGGCUUUUGGUGCCCCCGGGGGCAAGGACAGCUCAGAAUUACAGUUGUUUUAGCUUUUUUUGCUCUUUAGGUGGCUUGACUGAAAUGUAAGUAAAUUCAUUGUUUAAAGGAUGCUUGCACACAUUUGAUCCCCCCUCCCUUUUUUAAAAUUGAUAUCUAUCUGGAUGUAAAUGCUAGGCAGCAGAGUCACAUCCACUCUCAGUCACAUCAAAAGCCAGUGCAAGAGCCCUUGCUUUCCUCUGGUGGAAAAUAAAAGGCACAAUUAAAAUUUCAUUUUGCAUUAGUGUUUGCAUUCGCUCAGCAAAACCGACACAUUAACUCAUGUUUGAGAAGCGAACAUAACAAUAAUGAGACUAGGAAUGGAUUCUCUGUAGCUUGUUCAAACAGAACUGCAGGAAUGAAGAUACUGUAAAAUGGCAAUUUCAAGCCUUCAGGGAUAUUACUACCUUUUGGCAUCGGUAAGCAAGCAAUAUUAUUAUUACCUUAAUAUAUACCUCAGGAUCAAAUCCUAUAAGUGCAGCACAAAUAAUUCAGCUUGGCAAGGGGUCAACAUGGAAAUGACAGAAUGGCAUAUCAAUCAGAUCUCUAUCCAGUGGUUUUUUUAGGCAUCCAAAAGAAGUACAAUGCCCAUAUACCUGUGCUUAUUUUUUGCAACCUUAUAAGCAUCAUAAAUCCAGUCCCUUAACUAUUCAUUGUUAAGCACCCACCUGAUCACUAUGGCUUCUUUGGUCAUUGUUUUCUCAACGGACACAUACAAAUUUCUGUUUUGAAGAUUCAUGCUGAGCAGUGCAAGAGAGCCAUGGUGCAAGGAUAAAUUUCUGGCAGUGGUGAUGAUCCUCUGUCUGGCCCAUGGACCAAAUUAGGCUAGCCAGGCCUCCCUAUUUGGCCUGCAAGACCAUUUUGGCCAAGCCACACCCACAUGCUUGACAUGGGGCGUAUAAAGAUGUGGCUCAUCUGAAAAAGGGCUUUGCAAGCACCACAAAUCAUCUGAUUGUCAGUGCCUGCAAAGCACCAUUCCACUUCCCCACACGAUUUGAUUUCAAACCACACAAGCAAAUGAAAACUGGUCACCUGGUUUCACUGUGAUGUCAAGUCACUGACAGAUGGGCCGCUCCACUCAGCUGUCAAACUGGGCCCAUGUGAGGUGGGGGAGUUAAGAGUCUAGCCUGUUGGCCAGAUCCAGUUUCCCACCCCUAGCCUAUGAAGAGUAUUUGGAGUCCUGAUGAUAGCUAUGUUUAGGUUGUCCAGCUAGCUGGGAGGUAACCAAACAGUCAGGGUGUUUGGGCAGAUGGACCUUGCAGCAAAGAUAUGUGCAGAUUAGCAUGUUGCUCAACAACUCGGCAGGAGCCUAAAGAGAGUUUAUAUGCUGUGGCACACUCCUUGCUUCAACUUAAUGGAAAUGAUAGACUACUAGUUGACUUCAGGACAGUACAUCUUCACACAGUGCAUAGUUAAACUAUGGAACUCACUCUCACAGGAAGCAGUGAUUGAUGACAACCAGCUUAGAUGGCUUUAAGACUGGUAUGACAGAUGACACCUGUAGCAUCAGUUUCAGUUCUCCCAGAUUCUCAUAUUCUCAAACGCCAGCUCCUUCGGCCUGAAAAGCAAGAUGAACUCCGCACCCCAUAGUCGCCUUUGACUGCACUUAACCAUCCAGGGGGCCUUUACAUUUUACCUAUUUCCAGUCAGCUCUGCACAUUUCUGCAGCAAUCAGCAUUAAAAAAAAAUCAAUCCUUUUUGUAUGCAGCUUUGACUAAUAUACAUAUUUUGCAAGUGGUUUUCCCUAAUGUAGUGCAUACUAUAAGAAUGCUUUGCAUUUCCACAACAGUCUGCAGCAUGUAGGUUGGUUGUGAGCCAGAAUAAUUCAUCUUAGAUUUAUGUGAAUCCACCUAUAAUAGAGAAAGUCAGUUGAUUUUUAGCACUCAUGUUGGCUCUGGAGCCCAAUCUACACUAUACAUUUAAAGCCGUAUCAUACCACUUUAAACAAUCAUGGCUUCCCCACCAAAAAUCCUAGGCACUGUAGUUUGUUAAGAGUGUAGAGAUCUGUUAGGAGAGCCCUAUUUCCCUCACAGAGCUACAGCUCCCAGAGUGGUUUUACAAUUAAUCUCUCUUCCCUUCUUAAAGUACUAUGAUACUGCUUUAAAUGUAUUGUACAGAUGGGUCCCCAUUACAUUUUUCUUUAUCCCUGCUUUCUAUGGUCAAAAGUAUGGAAGACAAGUAGUGACUGAAGUGAAAUAUCCACCCUUCUUCAUGUUCUUCUACAUGGCAGAAAAUUAACCUUGAGAAGAAUGGCUAUUCCAUGUAGCCCUCUACUCCACAGUCUACUAUAUGUGCUAAUUCCACAUACCAUUCUUUGAGAUUACCUGUGGUCUCCAGGGUUAAUGACUUGCCUUUGGAUCAUAGCAUCGUAGAAGAGUUGGAAGGGACCCUGGAGACCACAGUGACAUGACGGUUCAAACCCCACUUCUGUUAUUAACUUAUUAUGCACCCAUGAGCAAGUUGUAUCAAAAGGCCUAAAGCUGCAAUCCGCAACACUUUCCUGAAAGCAAGACCCAUUGAACUCCAUGGGAACUGACUUCUUAGUAUAAAAAUGCAUGGCCAGUUUCCUACUUGCGUUGUUGGAUGAAUUGUGGCCUACUUCACGGUGUCGAUGAGGGGUGGGGAACUGAAGGGCUGGAUUUGAACAAGGCCAACCCUCCAAGAGUCCAAUUCCCAUAGUGGCAAGACCCAAGGUAGAAGUGGGUUUGGCUAAAGUAAACGGUGCUGAAGACAAAGAGAGAAUAACAAUAAAAGAAGAAAUGAAAUGAAAAAUUUAAAUCACAUCUCUGAAAGAAAUUAGAGGGUCGCUAGCAACCAGGAAGUCUACUGACAUCUACUGGAAGGAAAUCAAGUCUCAGAAGAAGAAGAAAAGAAUAUAGGAGUACAGGUUUGAUACACCAAGUUAGUCCAUUCCCCUGCCAAAAGCAGCAGGGACAUGGGUGGAGGAAAGGCCCCAAAACCAAACAGCACCUCAAUUUCAUCCGGAUUCAAGGUGCUAAAUAAACUGUCAAGCCCCAGAUGCAAUCAGGAGCACACUGCAUGAGCCGUGGGAUGUUCCCUAAUGCUCUAAGUGCAGGUGACAAUAGGUGAUGCUGGAUGAUUGACAGUUGUGGGCAGGCUGGAGGGUUUCCACUGCUGGUGCAGACAAAAUAACAUACAUGUUAACUCAGUCGUUAAUGACUGUUAACAAAAGGGGGGAAACACAGUGCUUAACAUCACUUCCCUUUGUGACCAUUGCCUAUUACUAUUUUUUACAGUAGUUGUAUUUUAACUGUCAGUCGAAGCAGUCUUAGCAAUCUAACCAAAUAGUAGAUAUGGCAAUGUUUUAAAAACUAGGGGAGGAAAUAUGAGGCUAAUGCCUAGUUCUAGGAUUUCUAUUAAUGUAAUUUUUCCAUAACCAUUUAUUCAUUGUGGUUGAUCAGAAGCGUGAAACUCCACAUUGCGAAUCACAAAGGGAACCAAAUUAAGAAAGCUGCCCAGCAAAUCUGUGUCAGUUUGACACUGAAAGAAAAAUGCAGGCUUUACGCCGGCAGCACACUUAAUACAAACCCAAAAGGCACGCGGCAUAUCUGAAUCGUUUAACCUUCAGAAUUCGAGAAACUGCUUUUGCCAAUGGAAUGACCGAGGGAUCAAUGUAAAUGCAGUUAUGAUGCACUAAAGGAAAUACGACCCUUGCGUGGCCUGCAUUUCAUGCUCCAUCUAAUUUGAACCUCCUGCCUCUGCCUCUCGUGGCGUCUCUCCCAAAGCAGAAAAUGAAAUUGGAUUCAGGGUCAGGAACUCAAAUGCAUCCUGAAAGCCUGCCUAAGCAGCAAAAGGCUCUGCAACAGACAGCAAGGUGGGGCUGAGCCAGAUUAUGGUUUCCCCUUUGAGCCCACUCACCACAAAGGAAUCAGCUAUACCUGUAUCUGUGUCAGCAGGUUCCAGGAACCCUCUUGGUUGAGAGAUUUUGUGAGUGAUCUGUGAGUUUGUUUGGGCCCUGGGUGAGAGAUGGGAGGCUGAGAGGUGCUGGGCGUGCCGGAAUAAGGAUUUUUAUAUCCAUAUUUAUUCAUUCAUCAUUUGUAUUAAUGGUUUUAUUGUGCUUUUUUGUAACGUGCUGCUGUUUUGUUUCCUGUACACUGCUUAGAUAUAUUUUAUGAAUUAAGUGGUACAGAUGUCUAAAUAAAAUACAUAAAUAAGGCGGCCAAAGGGCGUUUUGUCUUUUGUCUCUAAAUCAUCCCUCCAGUGGUCUGCACUUUGUACCCUUCCUUAGAUGUCUGUGCUUCCUGAAAACCCCAUGACGUCCUCAGCUGGGCUUUCUAGGAAGCUCAGAAAGAUUGGGAGGCUGCCUACUCCUUGCCUGACAGCUGUUUGACAUUUUCCUUUUAAAGAAAUCUGCAUGGAAAGACUUGGCUAAAAAUUACAAGGAAGAAAUUCCCUUAAAAAUGAAAUUGGUGAGUGCACAGUCACAGGUGCUCAGUAGACAGCUUCCCCAUGUUCCAGUUAAAGCUCUGAAUGAACCUCUCCCAUGUGGCUCUGAGUGGUGAUGUUUUAUAUGAAAUGGAGAGACAAUGUACAGUAUUGUGAAACAAAACAAUGAAGCAUAGAAGGGCCUGCUCACUCUGCUUUUAUGAUCACAGAAUCUGCAGCAAUAUGCAAAUUAUGCUUUUCUUCCCUCCCUACAUUAAAGUUGAUCAGGUCAUAGAUGAUGAUAGAUAGAUAGAUAGAUAGAUAGAUAGAUAGAUAGGAUAAAAUUUGUGCACAGGUAUCCACAGUGUUUAUUUUUACUGGGCCAUCUGCAGGCAUAGCAGUGUAUGUCCAUACAUCCAUCUCUGUAGGAAAAAAUUAAUCUGUAACCUCACUGAAAACAUUUCAAUUCUAUUUUAUAAUCUCAGAUCCAAACUAUGUUAAAUAUGUAGCUUGACAUUGCAUGAUUCUUUUUUAAAUUUUAAAUAGCAGCUGCUGGGAAGGGAGUUGAGCAAGAUUGGACUGCAGUGAGUGAAACAAGCCAACUUCAAACAAUGGGUUAUAAAGUUGCCUUGUUUCAACAAUCCAUAGUUCAUAUUAGCUGCAGUUUAGAAGCAAAGGUCUCUGAGUUUCUGAGUUUUGCCAUUCUAAUGGAGAGAAAAGGAAGGGGUAUGCAGAAUCAAGGGUUACCACUGCCAUAAUAAACCGUAGUUUCUUGUGACAUGCAAAUGCAGCCACAGUACAGUUUCGCUGUGAGAUUCUUCCAAAGUUACCUCCUACUGAGAUUUCUCUGAUGGGAUUGUUUACAUCCCAUUCAGCUGCUACUUAGUUUUUAAAAGAAUCACACAAACCCAGACUAUACACCUGCAGUUUGGCCCCCAGACCGUAUGAAAUAAUAAUAAUAAUUGUGAAAUAAUAAUAAUAAUAAUACAUUCAAAAUCAAACAAGACAAUCUCAACUGUUAGCUAACAUUUCUAUUUAGAUCUACGGUGUAUGUUUUAUGCAGCAUUAUUUAAAUGAAGUGCAUUGUUAUUCAGUUCAUUCCUCAGAUGUUUUGCAUGCCACUCACAGUUUACUAUAUUUUACUCAAAGCCCUAGAUUCAAAGAACUAUGGACUUUGGACCUGCAUUCAGACUCCCCAUGUCAUUUUGCAGAGCUCUUUUGACACUGACAGGAGUUUGUGACAUUGCAGUGAGGUAGGGGAUUGAUGAGAAUGCCGCUCAAAGAGGGGGGGCGGGAAUACUGAAAGUAGGUUUUGGAAUCCCAGCCAAAGUAUAUCCUAUUUGCAAUCCUGCUGAGAAACAUGCAGGUUAGAUGUUGAUGUACUUGCUACAUAUAUGAGACAAAGAGUUCAAGGCUAGAAGUAACCUCUUGUCUUUGUGAGUUUUCUUCACAUUCACAUAAGCUGGACCUUGUAGGGGAGGUCUCAGUACUUGAAUAGUUGGCACUGUGGUGCUGGAUCCUGGCUUCAUAAAUGCAGAUUGGCAUACAUUAUAUGUUCCAAUGUUUCUCCCCUCUCCACAGCAGAGAACUGGCCAAUAAGAGCCAUCAGAAACACCUGUGCAUAGAUGCCAACUCCAUACGGCUGAAGUGUCUUCAGACCACCCACCCCCAAAGUCUAUUGGGGCUGAGCACCCCCCACCCCCAUCUUGAAGGGCUGGGCUUCAUGGUGGUGGGCCUAACCAGGCCUCAUUGCAGCAGCAGGCCUCACUAGUCCUCACAUCACAUAUCACAUAUUUGCAUGACAGCACACUGUGCAUCAUGUGUGUGACAUCACACACGCAUAACAGUUCCUCCCCCCCCCCCAUGUUGGGCGGAACUCAGUUUCUGGACCUAUGUGAGAGCCUUGGGGAAGGAGAGGCUGAAGCAAGACUUAAAUCCUCAGUGCCCUUGGUGGAGAGACUUUAUUCUUUCACUUCUCAUUGGAAAUAAACAGUUAUCAGUCUUUAACUGCCCAUAAGUGAAAGACGAUCCCUGAUGGGUGAGGAAAAAAGGCAGAAACUGCAGCCUUAGUCAUAUUUACUGCUACUGGCAUGAUGAGUGUGUGUGUGUAUGUAUGAGAAAGAUCAAAGAUUCUUCAAUGCAUAAGAAAUUAUUUUUAAAAGCCACCAUUUAUGAGAAAUCUUUCACCUUCUUAGAUAUUUUUACAAAGUUUUAGUUGAGCAAUUCAUUUUGCAGCUCUACCAGCAACACUAAUUGCCAUUUAAAUUAAACAUUCUGUAAGACAGGAAUCAGGAGAGGUGAAACAGAUUAAUACAGUCUCUUUCAUUUCAGCCUACAAGGAAAAGAUGAAGGAGCUGUCGAUGCUUUCUUUGAUCUGCUCCUGUUUUUACCCUGAACCUCGAAACCUGAACAUAUACACAUAUGAUGGUAAGUAACUUUCAGUGGAUAUUCUUUGGUUUAGCAAAGGAUUCCUUGGGCUGCCUUUUAUAAGGGGUGCUACCCCACCCUUAUAUUGUGUGUGUGUGUGUGUGUGUGUGUGUGUGUGUGUGUUCUAAUGUCUGUGGCAGCCCAAGAAGCCAUCUGCAUUAUCUGUUGCCAUUGCUCUUUUAUCACAAUACUAGCACAAUAUUGGGUUGAAAUGUUUUAACUUUUCCUUUACAGACAUGGAAGUGAAACAGAUCAACAAGCGUGCCUCUGGCCAAGCUUUUGAGCUGAUCCUGAAGCCACCUUCUCCAGUCUCAGAAGCACCACGGACUUUAGCCUCUCCAAAGAAGAAAGAUCUGUCCCUUGGAGAGAUCCAGAAAAAGCUGGAAGCUGCAGAGGAGAGGAGAAAGGUAUCUAGCCACUUACUUCACGGUCAAAACAUGUAACUGGGAGGAGGAGAAGGGAUCCAUUCAAGUUAAUCUACUUGCAAUCCAUGUUAUUAUUGGCACCAAAAAUGGUGAAGGAGCACUUGCAAGUUAUACAUUGCAAAAAUGUUGUUGUUGUUGUUCUCCUCCUCCUCCUCCUCCUCCUCCUUCUCCUCCUCCUCCUCCUCCUCCUCCUCCUCCUUCUCCUCCUCCUCCUUCUCCUCCUUCUUCUUCUCCUCCUUCUCCUCCUUCUUCUCCUCUUCCUUCUUCUUCUUCUCCUUCUCCUCCUUCUCCUCCUCCUUCUCCUCCUUCUUCUCCUCCUCCUUCUUCUUCUCCUUCUUCUCCUUCUCCUUCUCCUUCUCCUUCUCCUUCUCCUUCUCCUUCUCCUUCUCCUCCUCCUCUUCCUCCUUCUCCUCCUUCUCCUUCUCCUUGUAGUACAUUCCAAAUAGGAAGCUGCCUUAUACUGAGUCAGAACAUUGUUCUAUUUAUGCUAAUUCUAAGUGGCUUUCCAGAGUUUCUGGCAAGGGUCUCCCUCGGCCCUACCUGGAGAUGCUGGGAAUUGAAACUGUGAGGAAAGAUGCAAUUCUUCAUUGCUUUCCUUAACACACAGUGCUCCACGUUGAAUCAAUGAGCUGCUUCGUUUGCAGAAAUCUAUGGUCUGUGUCUGAAAGCAGAUGGAACUGUCACUUAAAUAUAACCAAGCAUAUGACUGUUUCAGUGCUGAGCGGACAUGGCUCAGUGAUACAUGCUUUGCAUGUAAAGUAUCCCAGGUUCAAAACCCAGCAUCUUCCAGGUUGGGCUAGGAGAAGACCCCACCCUAAAAUCCCAGGCAAUACUGAGCUAGAUGGACCAUAAUCUGAUUUAGCAUGACUGCUUGCUGAGAACAUUUCCAGUUGUUGCAGCAUGAAAAGGGGCCUGAGCUGAUGCUAACAUUAAGUUCUACUAUGGCACAUUCAUUUCUGCAAACAGGCAUCUUAAACCCCUCUGGAUUUCUGUAACCUAGUUAAGAUAUGUUCUUCAAAGGUACAAGCUCUCUUAAAAGUCUUGUGACACUUUUAAGACUAGCAGAUUUAUUGUGGCAUAAGCUUUUUGUAGGCCCACAGCGUCAGAAAACAUAUGGUAAAUCUAUUUGUGUCCAAGACUCCCAUGGGAUUCCUAGUUGUUUUGAGUUCUUACACUGUCCCCCAAAGGCAGGAGUGGGAAACAACACUUCAAAAUGAAGUUAGACACAUAGGAGAGCUAAUAUUGUGUAUGUGUGUGUACUAUUGCUGUUACUGCUACUACUAUGCUUUAAACAAUUUAAAUGUCACCUAACUGCAAUAGUCUCUAAGUGGUAUACAGGAAAUACAAUUCAGAAAAGGUAAAAAUCAGUCCCUACACGUUCAAGAAAUUGGUAGAUCACUUGCUUUUUCACACAUCCCAAUCUUGUACCUAGUUUCUCAUUCACAUUCCUCCCCACUCAGAUCAAUAGCACUCACCUGUGUACAAUUGGUAUCAAGUUUACACCUGAAGACUACAGGCUUGCCAGCAGGAUACACUGAGCACAGGUGCAAGCCGUCUCCACACAAGUACAAAUGGUUGUUUGGAAGAAUAUGCGCUUGUUGAUUUGGACGGCUCCACUGUUGUGUACACAGACUGCACACUCAAACUAUACAAGUGAAUAACUGUACAAGUGUACAGCUCAACUUUUUGUGUAUACAUAUUGUUCACUUGUUUAAUGUAGUGUGUGAGCUCCCUGUCAUGAUACCCAUAAAUUAUUUCAGAUGUCAUGAUAACCAUGGCUUAUUUCCCCUGCCAUUUCCACCUCUGUCAUAAUUAGCUACAGUUUAGCUUGUCAUCUAAACCCUGAAUAGAAGCUGUUGUGGUGCUAUGUGGUUGGCUGUAUCAUUAUUAGCACCAGUGCCUGUAGUAGUAUUUAUAUUAUUUCACAUCCACCCCUCUCAUUUUCAAGAACCACAAAUGAAAUCCAUCCAAAUAUAUGCUCCCCAAUGCACUAAAAAAUUGUAUCUGAAUAUCAGUGGAAGACAGAAUUCAUGCCAUAGCAUCUAUUACCCAGUCCUUCCCCAACUGAGUAUCCUAAAAAAUUUUGGAUAGCUGUGGCUGAUGGGAGUUAUAGUCCAAAAAAUCUGGAGGGGAUCAUAUUUGGGGAAAGUUUCUAUAAUCACUGGACUUAAAAUACUUUGCUUUUAAAACCUUGGAAGCUGGUUUAACAGCUAAGAUUGAGUUGUAGAGUAGGAUCUUCCUUAGCCAGAACAUUAAUAUGAAAAUUAUAUUCCAAAGGGAUUCAUAUUCUUAGUAGCUUUUGGAUUAUGGUGCAGAAAUUACAUGUGAUCCUAUUAAUGGAUUUGCAUUUGUGUGAAAGGUAAUUGGGAAGCCCCUGCUGUUUAACAUUCCAUAGAAUUGGGGAUAAUGUUCACCCUUUUAAGCAUUCAUGCUGUCAGCUGCUCAGUGGCCAUCUUUUGCUUGUUAAUAUCGCUCACCAUAAUGACUAUAUGCAAAAGAAGCUUCCACCUAAUCAUCAGCAAAAUCUUCUCUGUUACAGCAGAAGGGCAAUGCCAUCCGAUUUCCUUUUCUAGUCUGUGAAUGCGGAAGCUAAAUAAACCUUUAUUUUGAACCUUUAUUUUAAAACAAGCCAGUGGGAAGGGGAGGUGUAUGCCUCCUCCUUUGCUUCUUACUUAAAUAUACUAGAAGACUGUUCAUGAUCUCCUUUUCUGGUAGGUUCAGAGUUCUCAAUGCAAAACAAGCAUUUUUGCCCAUAACCCGCUCUCUCAAAGUUUGUGUUUAAUCUUAGAAUUUAUUGAUCUCAGAUAGAGAAUACAAACUUGCCCCACUAUAUAGGUACAUGCAUAGCUAUGCUCAGAUUCUUUUUGACUGUGGGGAAGAAUACUUUGGGACUAGUUUAGGAGCUCAUUCCUGACUCUGCAAUUGAUCUGCCUGGCCCAAGCCACUAGUAAAUUCAACAGUGUGGUGCAUUAGCUCAGUCAUGUGAGCAGCUCAGAUCUUUCUGAGAUCUUCUGAAGUGGAAAUUGGCCCCUCGCAGUCGGAACCCAUAUUAAAUCAUUAAUACAAGCAAGAUAACACACACACACCAGUCUUAAAAACCACUAGGCAUGCAGUAGCUGAUGGAAAUCACUGCACAUAUUAGUUCUCUCCUCAUGGUGAGCUGACUGUAUUCAUUUCCCAUACCAUGUGCAGGAUUUUAUUGUUUUCCUGCCAUAUUUAAUGAGCAAACUAGACAAGACAGCAGGAGAUAUAGAACUGGAGCUGGUAAGUGAGAGUAAAUGCAAUUAUCAUGGAGCGGGGAGAUACAGUAGCUGUAUGCUUCCCCUGAAGGGCAAAUAACAGCUCUAGGGAGGAUGUGAAUUGUAAUAAGUGCAUGAGGGAAAGGGUUAACUCUUCUCCCUCCAGUGCCAUAUUCCCAUUUUCUUUCUCCUUUUGAAAAACUGUAGGGGAUUUAAUCAUGGACUUCUCCCUGCCUUAUAUCACUGGAGCCCAAUUCACAUUUGGAGUAGUUAAUGGUGGUGCGUGGUGUGUGUUUUGUAAAUACACAACUGAAGUGGUGUGUACACCAGGUGUGAGGAACCUUUGGCUCGCCAGAUGUUGCUGAACUAGACUUCCCAUCAGUCCCAGCAAAUGUGGCCAAUAAUCAGGGCUGAUGGGAAUUGUAGUCCAGCAAUUUCUGAGGAACCAAAGGUUCCCCAUACCUGUUGUAUGUAAUGGGUAACAUAUAGACAGGCAUUCAAUGUACAUGCAAUUUCAACCAGAUGUCAUCAUCUGACACCAGUUCACAGGUUGUGUGAAUCAUCCCCCAGCUGACAGUAAAGGCCAGCUUCAGGACGCAAAAUAACCUUGAGAAUUUGGGUCAUCCCUGUAUGCUACCUUUAAAGAUUUAAUCAAUAUGUAGAUGAAUAAAGUUAAAUAUGGAAAGUGUCUAAGAGAGAUUUUUAAAUGCAGGUAGUUUUGUCCACCUGUUCAAAACAAUCCAAACAGUAAAGUAAUAAUACCUGUAUUAAGGAGGAAAGCCAACAGUUAACUUCAGUGGGGAAGGGAUGGCCAUUGGCUUUUUGCUUAACAACAUGCAGCAGAAAGAAGAGUCUUAUAAAACUCAAAAGCUAGCUCUCUGUUUCUGUAACUUUUAGUGGGCGGUAAUCAAGACAGUAUGCUACCGCUAAAGUAUCCAAGGGUUAUAAACACAUUCCAGCUCUUUAGUUAAGAAAAAUUACUUUCGGUAACUCCUUGGGUUUGAAGCCAGAUUAAACAACAAAACAUUUGGGGCAUGGUGAAAUCGUGAAUUCCGUAGGAUAUGGAGGAAAUGUGAACUUCUGAGACAAUUUGCAAUCAAGUAAACAAAUAUACUGUGAAAUACAUAACUUGAGUGAAAUACAAAAUGCACAGGCUGUGAUCUAGCAGUGGUUCCCACCAGAGGAAGCCAUUUCUGUUGAUUUCUCUGCCUUCUGACAGCUCCCAUUGCCCCUUCCCAAAAUAAUGUACUCCAGAGGGUAGGUGAACCCGCUGAAACGAUAUAAGAUGUGGUGCUAGACUGCAGAAUGAAGGGGGAGUUGGUGCAUCAGAAGCAUAACUCCCAAUCAAAAUGUAGUUUUUAAAGCAGCCCAUAAAAUUUGCCUACAAUCCCAUUGAAAAACAAAAAUAGAAUGGCAGAAUAUUUGGAGGAGGUUCUGUUAGUAAGAGUGCUGCUCAGGGAUUCAUGUUUGUCAGAUGCUCUCAAAAAUUAUCAGAUAUUUUUAUUGGCAUUUCAGACCAGAGGUGGGAGACCUCUGACCACACACCAUUGGACUACAACUCCCAUAAUCCCUUAUUAUCCAUGCCAGCUGUGGUUGAUGGGAGUUUGAGUCCAACAGUGUCUGGGAGACCACACAGCUUCACCAUCCUCGCUUUAGACAAACUGAAGUUCACAUAUUAUCCUUCCAACCUUGGCUGAAUGCUUUUCAAACAGACUAUCCCCUUGGAUCUCUUUCUUUCCCCUGCCUUUCACAGUCCCAGGAGGCUGUGGUGCUGAAACAACUGGCGGAAAAGAGAGAACAUGAACGAGAAGUCCUUCAGAAGGCUUUGGAGGAGAACAACAACUUCAGCAAAAUGGCAGAGGAAAAACUGAUACUGAAAAUGGAACAGAUCAAAGAAAACCGUGAAGCUAACUUAGCUGCUCUUAUUGAACGCCUCCAGGAGAAGGUAACCAGGCUGAGAUUAUUUUAGGAGGGGGGAAGUGGUCACCGGUAUUUCGAUAUGCAUGAUGGACAUUGUAGUCCAAAACAUCUGGACUGAAUUCAUGUGACAGUUUACUCCAUUUCCCCAGUGUUUCCCUAACUAUUCAUUUCUGCAUUGUAUUUGAAUGUUCGCAUGACGUAAAAGGCAUUUCUGGAAAACUAAGGGAAUAUAGUGCAUGCUUAGUGCUGGUUUCCAUGUUAUUUGAUUCCAGAAAAAAUCCAUUUGCAGCCCCCUAAACCCAGAAAAUCAGGGGAGUAAAGUGAUGUAAUUUGAGGUAGUAUGCCAGCAUACAGUUCUUUCCUGCUGUUUUCAUGGGGGAAUCAUGCAGGAAUAGAAGAUGUAUGUGCAAAAAGAGCAGGGUAGCAUUUGUUGUCAUGUCAAACCACACCCACUGGUGUGAAUAAAAUUUAGCACAACAUGCCAGUUUUAUCACUUAAAAAGCCAUAGUUUCAUAAUGCAUCAGGUACUGCAGUGCAAAAGGAACGUCAGAAAAUGGGGCAGAAGUGCAGAGUAUUAUAAUUAGAAAAACUAAACCAAGAUGCCUUAUGUCUUAAUGCAGCCUGGAGGGCACCAGGUUGGGAAAGGCUGCCAAGGUGCUAAAGGCAAAGAGAGAAACAGCCAAAGAAAGCUGCUCAGGCAUGGGCGAAAUGCCCUCUCCUUUCCCCAGAAGGUGUAGGAAAGGGACCAAAGGCAGCAAACAUGCUUUCAGCUGAUUUCCUGCCUCAGCCUAAAGGUGACUUUUGAUGUCCCAGAGAUGUCAUAACUUUCUUUCAGAUGGAUUCAGAGAUAAGUGUGCAAAGAUGGCAUGUGGUGUGGAAGCACAAUCAUGUCUGCUUACCUCCCACCCUCUCAGGUGUGCCUAGCCUGGCUCUAAUGCAGGACACCCAGCUCCCACCAGGCAGCCUGACCAAUAAUGAGGAUGGGAGUCCAACAACUUCUGAAGGUGGCAUCAGUAUGGAGAAGGCUCCUCUAGACCAACUACCUGUCCACACACUGGGCAUCAUAUUUGGUAGUGUCUAUACCAGCUUAAGUACCAUUUAUGUUGACCCAUGUUAAUGACUCCAGAAAUUCCAUGUGGAAGUUCAUUGAACCUGGAAUUUCUGGGACCACAUGUGACUCUGCUCCCUACCAAGCACAGCUGCUUCACACUUAAAGGGUGGCCCAAACCCCCUUUCUGUCUCCAUUCUCCAGUUCCUUCUAAUCCAAAGAGGAAUGGAAAGGACAAUUAGUUAUCCUAGCCAAGGAACAUGGGUUAUAUUCUGCCUCAGAGGUGGGGAACCAGUGGGCCUCCAGACUACUGUUCCACAUCAUCUCUGAUCAUUGCCAAUGUUGGCUGUUGUUGAUGGAAAAUGUCUGUUUUACCUAGUUUAAAAUGCUUCUAAUAUCCUUGCUUACUUUGCAGUACAUGAAACCAAAUAAUGGUUGUCUUCUAAAAUUCUUUCUGGAGAAGGAAGGUGGAGGUUAAAUGUUUCCUGUUUUUAUUUUUAUUUUUAUUUUCUUCCUCUUAGGAGAGGCAUGCUGCAGAGGUCCGCAGAAACAAGGAGCUCCAGGUGGAACUGUCUGGCUGAGCCCAGCAGUGGAGAGGGUGGGAUAAGUCCCCACCCCUCCUCAAACUCCCCUGCCUAUAUUAUUACAGAUCAUGAGAUAUUAGUAUGGGAAAUGUAUGACACGGUUUAAAAGAAGAAGAAGAAGAAGAAUCAAGAACUCAAUAGAAAACAAAACAAAAAAAUAAAACAAUGCAGUUUUUGCAGAAUGAUUUGCUUGAUGUUUAAAAAUAAAACUUGGAUCUUAUUUUGUAAAUACUUACAUUUUUGUUAAAAAAUACAAGUAUUGCAUUAUGCAAGUUAUUUCAUAAUCUUUACAUGUCCUGUAACAGGCUUUUGAUGUUGUCUAUUUCCAUUUGGUUGAAUUUGUUAGAUCUGUUCCUAUGAAGUUCCCUGCAGCAACCUCCGUGCAUUCCAAGUGAACAUCUAAGUCAGUGGAAGGUCUAUGGUGCUAGAGUCUAGCCAUUGCUUAAUUACCUAGAAAGGUUUGCGAUCAAUACACUUCCUUAAAACAAUAAGCAAAUUACAGGCAUUGGGACUUGACAGAGCAGUCCUGAAACACCCCCCUGAAUCAUUAAGCAGUCAUGUUUUAAUUACAGCCUCAGUGCUCCACUAAACAACAACAAAAUUGCAGUGCACCACACAUCUCUUGUUACAUCUCUACACAGAAGUCAGACCCCAUCAAAUUCAAUGGGACUUGGCACCCAUUGGAGAAGGUAAGAAAAGGCUGCAGGCAUAAGACACUUACAAAGGAGUAAGCGCCACUGAACACAGUGAGACUUACUUCUGAGUAAACAACCACAGCGUUGUGCUGCAAAUUAGUAUUCACAGGAACAAUUUCUUCUGCCUUUUGAAGAAAAAUGCUUCUGUUUUUCAAAGGCAAGUGUCAUUGACAAGGAGGCAAGCAGAAGCAAGUUUUGACUUUUUUAAAAAUAGGCAUUACAUGCAGUUGAGAAUGACCAAUCAUAUAUCUGGCCAAAAGAAGCUUAUGGGUUUUGGGGAAGCUGGAUUUAAAAAUAACUCAAAAUCUGCCUCUUCACCAAUGAAGAAAUUAUUUAACUUGAGUCGAGAAGCUUUUAAGUGUAGAUGCUGUGACCUGUUCUAUUUAUCUUAGGCCACAGUCCUGCCCACCAUUCCUAAAAUCGGUGGGGCAACCAGGUGCGCUUUUGUGGGAAGGAUCCAAGCCUUAAUCUAAUCUGUUUCAUUACGGUACAAGAUUCUCUGUAGGACAUUUUUCAUCCAGACUCAACAAGCUUAAUCCUGCUGACUUCUCCUCUCCUGCCUAGUUUUAAAAAGAUACCAAGAAUGACAAGGGCUGAAGCAGCAGGAGUGACUAGGAGCCAGGAUGCUUGAGCCAGGUGUGGCAUCACCCACCUGCUUUCCCCAUAGAGCUGCCAGUUUGAAGUUGUCCCUCUCCCUCCUGGGAAUUGCUGCCUGCAUAGUCUACUCUUCAUUUGUGCUAUUUUUCCUGUAUGUCAUUGUGAGCAAGCUGUGAUUAAUAAAGAAUUGGGGUUCUGUGAAC